AAGUCGAAUGAUUUUUUUUCGACGUUAUCACCGUUUGAACAUGUUUCGCGCGACAUAUUCUGCACACGAUACAAGAUAUACCAUCAUAUAGAUACACAUUGACAUACGAGCAAUCGUGCCGCCAGUGAGCUUGCAGUUUUUUGCUCAAGCCCCCAACCCCAAAGUUUAAGAAAGAAUUCUAUCUUAAAUUCAAUAAAUACUUAAAUUAUGCUUACACCCCUUCAGAAUCACAGCGACCCGGCUUUAAUUGUUUUCUAGUUUCUACCGGGUUACCGGGAUAAGGCAUCAUAGUAAUGGUAGUUACGAACAAUUUCGAUGUUCAUGAUGUCCGUAACGUCGUGUUGACGGAAACGAAUAACAAAAACAUGAAAAAUAAUUCCCGGCUAAGAAGUAUAAUAUGCCAUUUAAAUUGUUGGCUAUGAACAGAUUUAGUGUAAAGAAAAAAUUGUGAACAAAACCCGCCAACGUAUACGAUGAUUAUUUUGAAACCGUCAUGGAUAUCUCACAAUGGUAUGCCCAUAUUUUCGAUCGACAUCCAUCCGGAUGGUACACGUUUAGCCACCGGUGGCCAGGGCCGGGACUCCGGACUGGUCAUGUUGUGGAACACAGCGGCAGUGUUGGACGAAAACAGCGAAAACGACGAGAAUGUACCAAAAAUGUUGUGCCAGGUUGACAGCCAUUUGGCAAGUGUCAAUUGCGUUCGGUGGAGUCACUCAGGCAAGUAUUUAGCGUCUGGCGGUGACGAUAAAAUCAUCAUGGUGUGGACAUUGAGCAAAUAUCCUAAUAGUGGAAAUAUAGUAUUUGGCACCAAAAAUAUUGUGAAUAUUGAAACGUGGAAAUGUAUGUUCACUUUACGUUCACACUCCGGUGAUAUACUUGAUCUUGCAUGGUCACCACAUGACUCAUAUUUGGCAUCGUGUUCAGUGGACAAUACAAUAAUCAUAUGGGAUGCUCAAAAAUUUCCAUCUGUCCAUAAAGUUCUUUCUGGACAUACUGGUCUGGUAAAAGGAGUUUCUUGGGAUCCAAUUGGUAAAUAUAUUUCUUCACAGUCAGACGAUAGAACUUUAAGAAUAUGGAGAACAUCUGAUUGGAAAACAGAUACUGUUGUUACCACACCUUUUAAAGACUGUGGUGGAAACACUUCUGUACUAAGACAUAGCUGGUCUCCAGAUGGUCAAUACUUGGUAUCGGCUCAUGCUAUGAAUAACAAUGGUCCUGUAGCUAAAGUUAUUGAAAGAGAUGGUUGGACGUAUGAAAAAGAUUAUGUAGGACAUAGAAAAGCUGUAAAUUGUGUGAGAUUUAGUAAUUCAAUAAUGGAGAGAAAAGUCGGUAAGAAGAAUCAUCAUAUGUGUCUAUGUGCUGUUGGCUCGAGAGAUACCAAUGUUUCAGUUUGGCAAACAGGAUUAAAAAGACCAGUUGUCGUGCUUGAAAGUUUAUUUCAAGGUCCUGUGUUAGAUUUGUCUUGGUCAGCAAAUGGUUUAAACCUGUAUGCUUGUUCAUACGAUGGAACUAUAGCAAUUUUAAUAUUUGAUCCAAAAGAUAUUGGAAAAGCACUUACAAAUCAAGCUAAAAAUAUAAUUUUUGAAAAAAUGUAUGGUAUCUCACCUUUAGAACGUCAUAAUAACAAUUUACUUAUAGAAAAUCCAGCAAUACUAAAAAUGAAUGGUAAUCAACGAUCAGAAGUUCAAGAGGUUGAUCCUAAAAAAGAAAUCAAACAGCCACCUCCCAAUGUAAUUAAACCUUUACCUCCAAUUUUAAAAAAACAAAUUGAAACUCGUACAUCUGAUGGACGUAGACGUAUUACACCCAUUUUUAUACCACCCACACCUGAUAAUGCAGAAGAAAUAAAUGUUUUGCCGUUUUCGUCUUCUAGUGAAUGUAAAAGUCAAGUAGUUGUUGAAAGAGUAAAUAAUAUUAUUGAGCCUAAUAUAAGUAACAGUUGCAGUAACUUCAGUCAAGAAUCUCAAACUCCAACAAUUAUUGAUUCAACAAUACCAAGAAGCACCCCUACAUCUGUUUUACAAGUAUCUCCUAAUAGAGGAGAAUCUAAGAAAAGACCAGAACCCGUUACAUUAAUUUCAAAUUUGUUUUCAACUAAAAAAAUUAAAUUUAAUAAUGUAGAAGAUAAUGAAAUUUCAUCAGAUGUUCGACCUAAUUUUAGUGAAACUACAAUGCAAAAAAGAAAAUUUGCUAUUUCAAACUUAUGCACUGAUAGAGUUGUUGUAGAAAACGAUAAAUGUAAAACUAUAAAUGGGACUAUUUCUAAAAUGAAAUUCUAUACUAAUAAUUUAGUUGUUUGGGAAAAAGUAUUUAGCUCAAGUAUAGUUAAGUAUUGUACUAAUAAAACUUUAUCAUUAAUUGUUGUAGCAUUAAGCGAUUGUACAAUUCAUGUAAUGGGAUCAAAAAGUGGCUCAUUAAUAUGUCCUCCCUAUGUAUUAUCUUCUUUAGUAACCUCCAUUAGUUCCAAUAAUCACUACUUAUUAUGCAUGACACAAAAUUCUCUUUCUGUUUGGAACAUAUAUAAACAAGAAUGUGUUCUAUACGAAGAAAAACUCAAUACAUUGGUUAGUUCAAAUAAAAAUAAACCAGUAAAUGUACAAAAAUGUAUGCUGACUGAAAAUGGAACAUCAAUCAUCACAUUGACUACUGGUAAAUCAUAUAUGUUUUCUAUAAGUGCAAAAUGUUGGAUGAUGAUCGGUGAUAGUGGAGAUGCUAUUUAUUCAAAUUCUACUCAAAAAAAUAAACACAAUGGUUUAAAUAAGACUAGUGGCAAGUAUCCAUUGAGUGUCAUGCAAGCAUAUUCCUCCAAGUAUAAAUCAAACUUAGAUUUUAAGGACACUGAUGGGAUCAGUGAAUUGUGUUCAAAAUCAUUUUUGGAACAACAGAUGUCAGCAGCUUUAGCUUUAGAGUCAGAUAAGGAGUAUAAAUAUUGGUUGUUGGCUUAUGUUUCCUUUUUAAUUGAAAGAGAAGAUAAUGAUCGAUUAAGAUGUUUAUGUCAGGAUUUGUUGGGAGUUUCACACGGUUAUUCAAAUCAUAAAAAAGUUGAAACAAUAAUCGGUAUGUCAAAACAUGAUCUUUUAAGAGAAGUAUUAGUUAUUGUAGCUGGUUCAAGAAGUACUCAAAGAUUAUUCACAGAGUUUCAUGACCAAUUACAACAAAUGUCACUAAACGACUGAUUAAUUAUUUAUUUUGUAAAAUUUAAAUUAUUUACACAUAAAUGUCUUAGUUAAUUUACUUUAUUAUAAAAAAUUGAAAUUAGAUAAUAUUCAUAUUAUAUAUUUUUACAAUAAAAAAAAAAAAAAAAAAAAAAUAGAAUUUACUUGUCUUGAAGACAGUAUCAGAACUAUUAAUUAUAAUUCAGUUCUCUUUUAGUAUAACUUUAAAUUAUCCAGUAUUUUUUUUAAAAUAACAUUGAAAUAAAUAUUUUAGUUGAAUAAUUUAAAUUAUAAAUACUUCAAAUACCUAGUGUUGUUUUUUUUCUAUUAUUGUACACUAUUUAAUGAAAUAACAAUAUUUGUUGUAUAUAGAAAAAAAUUGUAAAUUUUAUGUAAAAUUCUAAUGUGUCUAUCGAUAUACUUGUCAAAUUUUUUGUAUUUAAUUUAUAAAUUAUUCAUAUUGUAAUUAAAAAUGUGUCAACAUUUGAACUAUAAUAUUAGUAUAAUAUUUUUAAUAAGAACCUAUUAUCCGACUAGUCUUUGAAACAAUUGAAAUUA